AUGGGCGUGGCCCCGCCCCCUGGGCGCCCAGAAAAGUCCGGGAAGGGGGCGCACAAGGCUCCAACCCCGCCUAGCCCGGGGUCGACGCUUUCGGAAAAACUCUGCGCCCCCCUCCCCCAUGGCGUGCACCCCGUGAUUGGGCCGCGGCCGACACUUCCGCACAGCGGGCCAGGCCAGAGCAGGGCGCGCGCCCCGCGCUCCAGCCACCCCGGAGGCGCUCGCGCCGAGGGAGGGCUGGGGGUUCCCGAGGCGCCCGCGGGCGGAGGGAGAGGGGAAGGAAGGAUUUGCAACAAUACCUCUGGGAGGAGGCAGCCGGGGCGGCAGCAGCGGCGGCGGCGGCGGCGGCGGCGGCUGGAGGCGGAGGCAGAGGCAGAGGAGGAGGUGCCCGGGCACUCCCCCUCCCAUUGUCCCCAGCCCCGGACAGGCUCGGCCCCGCGCCCCGCACCGGCCUCCUCAAGCGCGCCGCCCGCGCCCAGCGCCCCGCGCCCCGCGCCCCGGCCCCGGCCCCGCGCCGUGCAGCCAGCCCUUACCUUGCAGCGCCCGGCUCUCCCCCGGUCGCUAAAUCUACUUAUCCCGGGAAAGCUCGCGCGGGACCCGGGAACGAACCCACAGACAAAAAGUGAAACUUCGGCAGGGCUGGAGCGGCUGCUGGUUGGUGCCUUUCCCCCUCCUUCCUCCCCACCGUCCCCACCCCCUCCCCUCGGUCUCCAGUGCGGUGCCCUGAACGCUGGAGGCUGACGUCAGGGGCCUGAAUUCCUGACUUUGCCUGCACGCAUUUGUCCAUGUAAGGUAUGGGAAGGCGUGUGCCCGCUGGGCCGCCGCGCAGAGCUCGCCUGGCGGGGGGAGGGGAAACCCGCAGCCGGCGGUGGCUUUGCCAAAAGGUGGGCGCACGGAGGGCACUGCAUUUCCUGGGAGGAAGAGGAGGAGACGCGGGAAUGCAGGGAGCUUGCAAAGGAGGAAGGGAAAGAGGGAGAUGUGGAGACUUUGCCUCUGCUGGAGGAAGAGGAAGGAGACGUAGGAGGAAGCGGCCGCGUCCGGAGGCUCGAGGAGAAACGGGAAAACCUGCGGCUCCUAUUAAGGCGUCAAAUUAGGGCACCCAGCUUGGGUGGGAGAGAUCCAGCCAUGAAAUCCCCUUCCAAGAUUUUCCUCAUGAGCCCCGCCCUGGAUUCCCAGCAAGACUCAAAACUUACAAGGUGUCAGAGCUGGCAAAGACCAACUUCCAACCCGUCCGCUUGGCACGUGAGGACACUGAGGCUCUCGGCAGAGAAAUGACUCGUGCAGGGUCGUCUCUCAACAGCUGUCGGAGCGGGCCCAGGCGCUCUGCCUCCCACUCGGGUUCCCGCCUCCAGGAAGGGCCCUGGCUCCUUUUUGGCCCCAAAGCUUGAACCAGGUUAGAUGUCCCGGAGCUGCGCGGACCACCCAGUGAUUUAUACUGCUCUUGGCCCAGAGCCAGUUCCUGGAAGGUCCUGGUUGACCGUGAGCCCUGAAUAUCAAUGGCACUCAGUUGCUUCGGGGCAACUUCCUCCUCUGUCCUGUGCACAAAUAAAUGAAUCCCUGAGUUUAAAGUUUACUUCUGAGCCCUGCCCAGAAAGCUUGCUCUAUGCUUAUAGCUUCAAAAAAGUCUGCGAACUGGGUGAACUGGUUUGAAUACAGACUUGCUUGUUAUUGGAA